GCCUCCCUGCGUGGCACUUCAGCUACGUGGACACCCUCCAGCAGCGCUACGAGGGCGACGUGGUGGGCCAGAGCACGACCGUCAUGCCCUCCGGGAGGGUCUACAGCUCCUCCUCCAGGUAUUUCCAGGGCAAGGACAGCGACAGGCUGGUCUUCGAUUUCUCCUACGACAUUCUGGUCCGCGAUGGCGUCGAUACUUGGAAGAUUGCAGCGCGAGAGUCCUUCGAAUGGUCUCCCAGCCUCCUAAACCUCCACUGCGGCGUCGAGAUCGGUGACAUCACGCUCUUCGGCCUCGAGCUGACCCUCGACGGCUUGUCCUCGGGUGAGGUCGACCUCUUCCUCAAGACGUGGACCAGGAACGUGUACGAGAGCGAGCUGUCCCUCAACAGCGUCGGGCCCAAGACGGAUGUCAACUUCAUGGUCUUCGUUAUUCCUCUUAAUCGGGAAAUUAAGAGCAAGGUCGCCCUCGGCCACGACGGCUGCCUCGGCGGGAGCGUGGACGGCGAGUUGGCUUGGGACGUUCGCGGCGACCACACCAAGACGCUGACGGUGUCCUCGGCCAUUCAGUUUCCGGCCGAGACGAGGACGCUGGUGCUCAAGGGCGCGGUGACGGUCCUGACGUGGACGUGGAAGACGGAGCUGCAGGUGGAGUUCGGGAACGAGAUCGGCGACAACCACCGCGUCACCUUCGCCCUCAUCUUGCCGGACGAGUCGAGGCUAGAGGCCGGGUCACAGCUCAUCUUCUCCUUGGGGAACAAUGACCUGGCUCUCGGUAUGACCUUUGACCUGCGACUACCAUCUGGAACCUUUCAUAAUGUGUCCUUGGUCGCGCGCGGUCACAGGACGAGUCACGACCUUGCGGACUGUAUGGUGGCCCUGGACAUCGACUCUCCCGUGACUGAUGACGUCCACUUUCACCUGCACCUCAAGAAACAGGAGAGUGACGGCAAAACGGACGUCGGUGUUACGCUUACGUCCCACUCCGGCGCCAACUACUGGGACCCCAUCUCGGGCAAAGCGACGUGGCAGUGGGACGGCACGCGGGCCAACGUGGUGACGGAGGUGACCUGGGGAGGCAUGACUAUCAACUUCGACGCCCUUGGGUCCUACAAGAUCAUCCAGGGCGAGCACCAGAUCCUGGGGUCGGCUGAGCUGCGAGUCCCCACCGAGGCGCCCAUAAUCUGGCAGCAGCUGAAGGCGACGGUGGUCGGCACUUUCAGCGUCAGCGACAGCCCCAGUAAACUGAAGAUGAGCCACACCAUCGCCGUGUACAAGGAUUACAGGGAAAUCCUCAACACAGACGGCGAAGUGACAAUCCAGGUACCAAAGGCGGAGGGUCGACUCACCCUGUCCCACUCUGGCUCCGUCGCCACCAACCACGUCUACACCAUGACAGGAACGUUCACCGGCAAGGAACUGGAGGUGGAUGUGAAGGGCAUGGUGGACGACGCCCCCGUCAGCAUCGCCGUCCACUACAUCGACGGCCGGGAAGUGACCGUCCAAGGGAGCUACAGAGAGGAGGGUUACCUCAACGUCGCCUUCAGGACGGAGCUGAAGGAUAUUAGCAUCGGUAUUCGAAAGGGCAAUGGUACUUCGUUUUCUUUGACGAGUGACGGCCAGGUUGUGUACCGUGGGUCGAAGACGAAGCUUCACCAUCAGCUCUCCAUCACGCCUUCCAGGGCCUCCUCAUUCUUCAGGCUGUCUCCCUUCCUUGGUAGAGUCCUCAAGCUGACGACGAGCCGCACCAAGUACAGCCUCCACCACUGGGGCACGAACGUCGACCUGAGUUGGGGUGCACGUAACUUCACGUACCGAGAUGACGUGCACUUCCGUACCUUCCGCGACUGCACCAUCAGACUGGAGAUGGACGCCCCUCAUCUCAACUUCGACAAAGUCACAGUCAAGCUAGAAUCGAACUUAGAAGGAGAAGGAGAACAAGCUGUUCACGCCAUGUACUUGGUGCACAACGCCACGCUCCACAGUGCCAGAUUGACAUACUACAACCACGACGUCGAGGAGGAGCGGGUGUGGCAAGCGGGCGUGAGUGACCUGGUGGUGAAUGCCAAGUCGUACAGUGACCUGAUGGUCCGUCACGCGCUCGCUCUGCCCGGGGGUGGCGUGCAGAUAAAGAGCAGCCUGACCGUCGACGCCACCCCGGUCGUGGGCGUGACCGUCACCCACACCCCGGAGACGCGGGCGUUGUUAGUCUCCGUGUGUUCCACCAGCGAGGAGUGUGUGCGCCUCCAAGCACACGCCCACGCCCGUAGCACGCCCUCUACUAGGACCUACUCCGUGGCCGCCCAUGCUCUCAACUCCCUCUUCUGGCAGACUCCUGACGAUCCCUUGGUGCAGAAUUCCGUUACUUUCACCGCUGAGGAAACGUCUGAGGAAGUGAUGGUGACCGGUGGCAUCCGCCGCGUGGAGUGCCAGAGGGUCACCUGCGAAACCUUUGAAAAUCGAGGGCUUCUGCACGCCACUCUUCGACUCACUCCCGAGACUUUAGAUUUGCUGCUGGACACAACCAACCGCACGGUCCAGCUCAUGACGGUGUCGCGGCAGAACGUCGUGGAGGAGGCGGAGAUCUCGUCGCUGCCAGGAGGCCGUCUCGUCUCGAGUUCUAACUUGGAGACUCGGCUGUGGCUCGACAGGACUGGAGAUCCCGAGGGCGUGGUGACCUGGAACUCGAGCGUUGUCCAUUAUGCUUCUUCCAGGGCCUCCGAGUGGGCGGUCCAUUCGCGAUUGCAUCAUAGUUCCUUCGAUAAGAUUCUCAGAGUGGGAGGGAACAUCGUGGCCGAUCAGCUGUCCGUUCGCGCCGCUUUGCUCUUAGACGUGUUCAUCGCCUUGGAAGACGCCCUGAGACUCGACCUUGAGAUAUUGCAAGACACUGGCAACCGCAUCCUCAUUGCUAAUCUCACUAAAACGAUGAGCGCCUCCCCGAGGAUCAUAGACGUGGUGGCGUCCUUCCUGCCUUCCCCCGACAGCGCCCAGGUGAGCGUCGUGAUGCUGGUGCCCUCGUGGAGAUCCGAUCCCUACCAGCAUCACGAGACGCAGUUCGAUUCCCGCUUCACCCUCACCUGCGGCUUGGACACGGGGCACCGCUACCGACACGCGACCGCCGACUGCACUCUCACGACGCCGUCAGUCCGCGAAAAGAUAAUGGUAGAGUACCAUCUGAUCGGCAGCGGGGGGUGCAAGGGUCUCGGCGCCUCCCUCGGGAUGUUCAACCGCACUUAUCUGGCGGAACAGAAGUCUUGCCUCAGCCCGAGCAGCAUCCAGGCUAGCCUCGCCCUUAAGACCGCCGGCCAACUGGAGGACGAGAUGGCCCUCCGCCUCGGCCUUGUGGACUCCCGUCGGGCGGAGAUGGACCUCCUCGACGCCGUCCACGUCAAAUUCCAACUCCACCCGCCGUUCCUGCUCCACGCUAUGGCCCACUCGCGCGGUACAAUGUGGAGUAGGUGGAGCGAUUUCAAGAACGGAAUCCAGGAUGAACUGGACGACAUUAUCAGCACGGCCAAAUCGGUGACGAGGGCCAUGGCCACAGACUUGGACGUGAUGGACGGGUUGGCCCGCAUAGCCAGCCCUUCCCCCGCCCACAUGCUGGCCACCCACUCGCGACGUCACGUUGUGAUGAUGGUGGAUGAGCUCAGGAACGACCAGCUGCUGAGGGACAUCGCGCAGUUGGCCCAGGCGUGCGUCGAUGUCACCAGUGUCAUGGUGGAGGCGACGGUAGCCUACAUCAGCCACAACUUCGGGGAUCUGAUAUCCGAAGUGGGCGUGGGCGUGAGGGCGUGGACGGAGGCUGCUGUGACCAAUGCCGGCUUCCUCCUGAUGCAGAUUAUUGAGGGGCUGAAGGAGACGAUCUCGACAACGAUCAACUUCGUCUCAGAUUUGCCAAGGAUGCUGUGGGACCAAGCUCUGUCAGUGCCUCUCGUGUCCGACGCCGUGGAGUGGAUCAUGAUACAUGUGAGAUACGUGCAGAGUUCUAAGGUGUAUGCUUUCCUCACCGCUGCUACAAGAACUACUGUUCAAUACGUACAUAAGCUCAUCUCCUUGGUAUAUCCCUGGGACGGGACUCCCUACUCCUCAGAAGUGGCUGCCGGCGUCUGGAACGUCUGGAUCCCACUGCCAGAAUGCAGCCACUCUCUCUUCGACGUGUGGCAGAGGGACCCCCAGCUCCUCUCCGUCAGCGCCAGGGACAGCCUCGGCCGCGACCUGGUCAUGGUCUCCUGCUGGGACUUCUACCACGCCUGCGUCGUCGGGGUGAGCGGGUGGCUGCACGCGGACACGAGGGGGCUCUUGGGACACUAUGACCUCGAUCUCACCAACGAACUCAUGAGACCCAGCGGCACGGUGGCUCUCAGCGGAGAGGUGUUUAGUCAGAGCUGGCAGGUGGGUGCCAGCUGUUCGCCAGACCAAGUAUCGCUCGAAAUUCCAUCUAAUGGCAGAGCUCACCAUCUGUGUCGCAAAUUCCUCCUGCACUACGGUUCUGCGGCCUUCCCAUGCCAUGACUACGUUGACGUCCAGCCCUUCUACACGACCUGCGUCAGCCACCUGUCGCAGAUCCAAGAAAGGAAGGGCAGACCUGGCCCCGCGGCGAGAAAGCGCGGCAUGGCCUCCCGCAGGAUGCCGCGACGGGUCCUGCCACGCAGACCCCCCGGCGCUGCCGAAGAGCCCUCUCGCGUCUCUCGCAUGCCCGAGCACCGCGCUCCUCGCCCCAAGAUCAUCAACAACUUGUUCUUCCUCUACAACCAGGAUUACGCCGAGGCCAGCGGCGAGGAGAUGGAGGCAUCGUGCAACGUCUUGGCCGCCUACUCCAGCGUGUGUUCCAGGAAUGACGUGAAACUGCUGCCUCCUCGGCCCUGCGCAAGGAAGGGGAAACUAUCCUAUGAGGAGCCGAUGUCACAGCCGCCUGAGUUGGACGUCGUGAUGUUGGUCGACGAGAACGCCUGCGAUGACUUUGUCUACGAACACCUUGUGGGUCCCCUGCCUGGCGUCCUCAAGAGAAUAGCUCAGGGGAAGAAUGUCAGCGACGUCAAAAUGGGCAUUCUCGGCUACGGUUCCGGAGGCGGCGACCUUGUCUACUAUUCCUCCGGGUCCUCCUUCCUCUCGUCGGUGUCCCGCCUGAGGAAGACUCGCCCGCAGGACACCCAGCUCCCAAGGGCGUCCCUUCUGCAGGGUAUGAGGGCCAUUAGCCACUUCCCCUUCCGACCAGGGUCCAUUAGGGUGGGCUUGGUGGUCCGCUGCAGCGACCAAGACUUGCCUCAGUUCACCGAGAGUCUCCCGCGAGAGAUGACCCGACGUAGGCUCUCCCUCUUCACCCUCACACCUGACCUCCUCCUCUUUGACCCCAGGCGACCCAAGGCGGUCAGGAACACGAUAGGCGUGGAUAGAUGGCGUGUUUACAACCUCAGGAAUGAACGCCAGCAUUCCCAGGACUCGUGGGGUGUUCGGAAGCCUGAUUCGAACGUGGCAAAACUAGCUUUCCAGAGUGGUGGCGGGGUAUUCACCGUGGCGCCCUUGAGAGACGAGUCCAAGGCAGCUUACUACAUGAAACUCUUCAGGAAGGUCCUCAGUCGAGCCAUUGUUAAAGUGGUUCACAGCGUACACAGCGCCCGCUCGACCAGGCUGGCGUAGCAACUCCCCCCCCCCCCUAAAAGCUUUGAGAAAUGUUUUGGCGAUAGAUUUUCAUUCUUUGAAA